AUGUCAGCUUCGCCUGAGAUUCCUGGCCUUGGCAAAGCCAAGCGCAAUGAGAACUUGCCGGCUGAGAACUUUUCGCCUGAGGUUCUCGCCAACAGCAACGAUGAGAGCACCACGAUAAAAUCGAUGGACAGUCAGGACUGUUCUACCGCUACAACCCAUCGCCAGUCCUCUGCGACUCUUCCUGAGGAUGACAACUCCGAGGCCGCAAAGUCUAUUUCGCGCACCAUUGACGCCGUUCUGGAUGGCAUCUCUGCGCACGAAGCCGGCUCAAAGAAAUGCGCUGCUUCGCCUCUGAGCAUCGGCACAACUAUUUGCGACAACGCCAGUGACCACAACAGCGAUCAGUCUGACUCGGAGGACGAGAAUGAUGAUGACGAGAAUGUUGAGAAUCCCGAGUGGGAAGAGGAUUCUUCGCCCAUCCAGUCGUCUGACUCGAGCAGCGAGGAUGACUCAGACGACGAGCUUCCUGAGCUUACGCCCGAUCUCAUUAAUCAGAUCCUCGCGGCUGCCGAUGGCAACGACGAUGAGGAUGACGAAGAUGGAGACGGUGCUACCAGGCCCAGGGGCAUCGGCGCCCCCCUCCGUACCAAGAACGAACUCCCUGAGCCAGUCCCUCCCCGGCCGGAUGUCAUCAUCACUCCUGACAUGAAGAUUGAGCCUGUCGGCACUGUCUGGUCAAUCGUCGAAAACACCGUUUGUGUGAUGUCCAACUCUUCGGGUGAACACCAGGUUCUGGACAUUGGCACUAUUCUUUGCAAGGAAGACCGCACUGUUCUCGCUGUCAUCGCAGAGAUCAUGGGCCCAGUUACAAAGCCAAUCUAUGUCAUGAGGUUCGAGCCUGAAUAUCUCAAGGAGCUCGAUCUUUCUUUGGGCCAAACCAUCUUCUAUUCGGUAAAGCACGCUGUUCGGGUGUUCACUGCUCCUCUCAAGGAGAUGAGGGGCACAGAUGCCAGCAACAUUCACGAUGAAGAGCUCCCCGAAGAUGAGAUGGAGUUUUCCGACGAUGAGAAGGAGCGCCAAUUCUUGCUUGCAAAGGGUCGCAAGGGCAAGAAACGCGCCGACCGGAACUUCGGCAAAGGAGACAACGGCCGCUUCGGUAAUUCUUCCCGCUCCGGCAAUAACGGUCGCGUUUCCUAUGACGAUGACGACGACGAUGGUCCUUACCGGCCGUUAUCUCGUCCCAAAGAGCUCACUUACCCAGGCGGUUCUCUCCCCCCGCGUCCGGAUACACGUUUCGACUCGUCCCGUGCUAGCUAUAGCCAGCGUGGCGACCAUCGUGAUGACUACUACGAUCGCCGCCCCCGCAGUGAUGGCCGCCGUGAGAAUCGCGACCGCCGCGACCAGCGUGAUUAUCGUGACCGCGAUUACCGGGAUCGCGAUCACCGUGAGUACCGCGAACAUCGCGACAACCAGGAAUACUAUGAUCGCAAGGAUCAGCGUGACCGCAGCUACGACCGCGGCAACAACCACCGCGAUUCCGGUGACCGCAUUGUCCCAUGCUCUAUCGCUGGACAGCCUGCUCAGCCUGUUGAACGCCCUUCUGCUGUGCCUUCGGCGGGUCAGUGGCAUGCUCCCGCCGCUCCAUACACCGGCGCUCCUCAGCAGCCAACCGCUGGUCCUUACCCUUACUACCCCUACGCCCCAUAUGGCUCGGCUCCAGCUCAAUACCCGUACCCACCUAUUCCUCAAACCGCACCUGCAGCUUCUCCAGAGAGUCAGCCUCAGUUCCCCGCCAAUCCUUCGCAGAAUACUUCUGCUUGGUCUUCUCAGCAUGCUGUUCCUCAACCUGCUGCUCAAGGCACUAUCCUCAGGCUUUUUACAACUAUGCGUAUGGCCAGCCGGCUCCCUCGCAAGUUCUACCUGCCCAGCAGGGUCAACAGUUCUGGCCUAUCCCGCAAAACGGGAGCACCAGCUUUCAGCCAGACUCAACUCCCUUCCGCUAACCGUUUCAACGAGCGCGACCAUCCCUCAGCCCAGGGCCUUGUUGCCCUUAGCAAUCAGCUGCCUGCUCAACCUUCGGGCGGUCAAGUUAACAAGGCUGUUGACCCUUUCGAUGACCUUAUUGCGCGCGGUGCUCUCGCAGCGGAUCCAUCUCCUAGCAAUCUCCGCAACCUUGUUGUUGCGCAGAAUGUCACUGACGGCGCUGCCAAUCCUGGCAGUUUUGAGAUUGACGAGGUGUUGCGUCGUCUUGGGAUGAUCGUACAGCACAGCGCCAAUAUUGGUAACCGUGAACAGGAUGCGCCACGUGAUCCCCGCAUCGAUCAGCGUGAUCAUGGCUCUGAUGAUUAUGGCGAUUAUGGCAAUAUCGCCAAGCGUUCGACAUGCUAA